UUCUCCCACCAACCCAACAAGAAAAUCAUACUAAGUAAUUGUUGUUCAUCAUCAACUCGUUAAGGAAGAAAAUGGAAAUCCAAGAAGUUGGAAAGUACGAGACUCUUCCACUUCUGUCGCUAAACCAUGUUUCCUUGUUGGUUCGGUCUGUUUGGGACUCUGUUCGGUUCUAUGAAGAUGUUCUUGGUUUUUGCCUCAUCAAACGCCCUUCCUCUUUCAAAUUCAACGGGGCCUGGUUAUACAACUACGGCAUAGGGAUACAUUUCAUUGAGAACGAGGCACUAGACGAAUUCGACACGAUAAUGGAGCCUCGUCCCAUCAACCCUAAAGACAAUCACAUCUCCUUCCAAAGCUCGGAUGUGGAGGUGGUGAAGAGGAAGCUCGAGGAAAUGGGGAUGAGAUACGUGACAGCAUUAGUGGUGGAAGAUGGGAUAGAGGUGGAUCAAGUUUUCUUCCAUGAUCCAGAUGGUUACAUGAUCGAGAUUUGUAACUGUGACAAAAUACCGGUUCUACCAAUUUCAUCGUGCCCGCUUAAGACGAACAUGGGCAUUAAUAUGGGAGAUGUUUAUGGAAACAAUGUUUAUAAUACUAGCAACAACAAGUUCAACAACAAGUAUAUUAAGAAUAUCAAGUGUGGAGUUAUGGAGGCUGUUAUGAUGAAGCUGAGCAUGGAUAUGAUGAAUUUCUCCUUUUAAUAUUUAUAUAUAUAUAUAUAUAUAUCUAUUCUUAAAUUUACUUUUAUAACCAACACUUUCAAAAUCCAUUGGCAAUUGCUAUUAUUAUUAUUUGGCCAUAAUUAAUUAUAUAUGUAUAGUGAGUGAGUGCUUGUAUAUGUGAAUCAUGCAUGUAAUUGAUUCAUAUAUUAAUGUGUGAUGGCUCUCACUUGAUCAUUUUUAUUUUACUGAUUUUCAAUUAAUUAAUUGUGUGAAAUGUUGUUACAAUUUAUAUACAAACCCUUCAAUCUCA